CGAUAUACAGUACUUGUACACUUACGGCUACUCAUACUUGCUCGCUUCCUCGUUGCCGUUCGAUCGACGGUGAAACUCUCUCGCGCGCGCGCGCGCGAAUAAAACAUUGAGCGAGUCGCGAGGAAUCGGAAAAAAAGUUAUGAGAAAGGAGAGUAGGAGCCGCGGAGGGCGCCGCCGCCGAACAGCAGCAGCGACGAGCAGUCAGUAGUGAAAUCGUCGGGGAAUCACUCGCUCGUCUUCGGAGCUACGGCUUGUGUCGCUCCGCGCGAUCCCUGCCGGACGAAUCGCUCCUGUGAUCACGUUUUCGCUUCAUUGUGCGGAGAUUAUCGUAUACCCGAGCUGUUGUGACCGGUGCUUCUGUGGAGUUGGACCUCUCGCAGAUGACAUUAUGGGCGACAGGAUGGCCCUCGUCUUGCUUCUGACGCUGAGCGCAGGCUUGGUCCUCGGCGGCAUGCCCGAAGGUGGUCCCAGUACUUUCGGCUACGACGCCUCCUCGGCUUGUUCCAAACCCUACUCACGUGUCGGCCGAGCCCGCCCGGAGCAUCUGCCCUGUGACUUUCGCCGCGAGAACUGGUGCGCCAUCGCCGGUAACGCCUAUCCAUGGCACGCAGUGCGCAGAUUCGUGCAAGAGAACCAAGGUUUGAUGCGGCGUAUGUACGGCGACGAGAAGCAUAUCAGUGUUCUGAAGACUGAACUGGAGAAGAACGACGUCGAGCUCGAGCUCGAGGACGACCACAACCAACUUUACUCCGACGACUCGAGCUCGCUGUUCCAACAGAUGCAGUUCGAGGUGGACUACGCCUUCGACCCGAUCGCCAAUCCGGAAGAAGAAGCUCGCCGCAGUCGCGAGUACCUCGGCCGAUCUCUGCAAAGCGGCACCUCGAGCAAACUCGACAAACCGAAAGCCGACGGCCCCAGCUCUCCCCAGCGUCUCAACGAAAACCCCGCGAUAACGGCGAGCAGCAGCACUCAAUCCACGACCUACGCCAGCACCGCCACCGCCUCUACCACUUCGUCGAACCCUUCGACCACUCCGGGCACGUCGCCUUCGCACAGAACGAAGAUGACUCCGGUGAGCACAGCGUCGACACUCCUGCCCAGUACGAGGGACGACGGCUCGGCCACGACGCCGACGAACUUCGCAUCCACGACUCCGGUGGUCAGCCUGGCGCAAAUCGCCAAGAUCCAAAACCUGAGCAUCAACGAGAUCUCCGGGCAGAUCGACCGUUUCGACGCCGACGUCGACGAGCUCACCGAGAUCCCGGGGAUACUCAUCGAGGAGGGAUUCGCCGCCGACACUACCGCCGAUUCCCUGGACGGGAUUCCGACGUCUUCGCAUCAGUACCUGUCCACGUCCUCCGAGAGGACGGACGACGGUAAGAUCAGCCUCGAGGACUACGGCUCCAAGUUCGACCAAGUGCAAGACGCGGAGGUCAGCGAGUCUCAGCAACAGCCGCAACAGUUCAGACCCAGACCUGAGUACCGGCCGCCGGAGGCUGUUAGACCCGAGGCGCAAGGUCCUACCGGAGGAUCGAUGGAAGGACAGCUGUUUCAGGACGUCGCGGCCAAGGACAAGCAGGAGCCCGUUCUGAAAGUUCGCGGAAUAAAUGCCUGCCCUGUCAAGGAAGAGGUCGUCGCACCUUUCUGGGCAAACAACACGCGCGGCGAAGUGCUCGCUCUGCUCAAUCUCUAUCCGUUCGAGCAAUACGUCCAUUGGGAAAAGUGCACUAACGAGAACAAGCAGAUGUACUGCCGAGACGGCUGCCGCUGUGAACAGCAGUACAGGCUACACCGGCUUUUGGCCUACGACCCGAACAACGAAUGUCGAGGUAUAUUCAGCGACUGGUUCAAGUUUCCGAGCUGCUGUAUCUGUCGGUGCUACGACCUGCCGGUCGAGUUUCGCGUCACCUCGCGCUCACCUCGUCUUGUUCACCAGCGCCAGAGGCUCAAGGUACGAGCACCGCGAGCACCACCGCGACAACGGCAUCACUGAACGCAAAGUUGAGACAUUUUUUGUUAUUAAUAAGUACCACUCGUACAGACGAUGUUGUUUUUUUUUCUUCUAGAAUUAGCUUUGAAGAUUUGCUAUCAAUAACUUUUUCACGCGAAAGGUAAAUCUUAUUUUAACAGUCACUUCCUUUUCGAACGCUACAGUUUUUUUAAAUUCUUAUAUAUUUACAGCUGCUAAAUGCACAGGCCUAGAUUUUAUGAGCACAUUUUCAUGCCGGGCCAUUUUUUUUAUACGAAAGCAAACGACAACCUUUGAUAUUAAAUAUAUUUUUAAGCUAUAUUUAGGUGCGACAUUGACGUAACUGACGAUUGAAGCUUCGAUAAUUUAUUGACUAAAGUUAAAAUUAUUUGUUAAUCACGUAUGCAUAUAUUUAGUGUAAAAAUACCAGUAAUAAGUUUUACAUAAUUUAUAAUUUAGUGGGAUAAGCUCUAUUGAUUGUAUACUAAUUAAGGCUCGUGAACGAAAUGAUAUAGCCAUUUCUUAUUGUAUUUUUUAAUGUUAUUUUUUAUAUUGAAAUAAGUUUAACGAACAUUGUUAUAAUCAAAAGUACACUCUUUUUUUUACUUUUUUACUCAUUGAAAAUUGCUAUGUAUGGAUAUUUAUUUACUAUAUAGUUGCUGACAAUAACAGCCGAUUGUUAAUUUUGUAAACAGAGUAAAACUUUUUUAUAAUAAAAUUCUGAACAUAUGUAUGAGUACGAAUAUCACUUGACAUUUCUGUUACCAUCGAUUCUGAAUGUUUAAUUCGAAUUAGUAAUAUGGAUAAGGAAGACAACCGAAAAAAGGAAACGCAAUCAUUUUUCGUAAAGAAUCGUUUUUAUUCCGAUUUUCACAUGGUAAGAACGUAUAUCUUUUACAAGAAAAAAAAGGAUAAUUAUAAACAAAUAACGAACUUUAAACGUUAAUACUUUGUUUUGGGCAUUCGCACAAAAGCUUGAAAGUAGCUCAACAGUUUUUGCGUCCGCUGCAAAAGUGCCACGCAAAGUUUGAAAGUGUUGCAUGCCUAUAUUGCUUUUUGUAUAAGACAUAUGCGCGAUAGUCUUCACAAACACAAUAAAUAUAUGUGUCGUUGUAUGUUUAAUACAUAGAGGAAGAGACAGAGGCCAAAUAAAGGACUGGGCGAAGUACGAAAGAGAAAAGAGACACGUGCCCGUGCAACACUUUCAAACACAGCGGGCUAACUGAACGGGCGACAUACUUAACACCUAUUGUAGAUUUUUAUA